UGCCAAACAGUACUUUAACCCAGCUCUGGGUGUGUUUAUUUAAACACAGGAGGUUCCCCAACACCCUUCUUUCAGGUCCCCACCUGCUCACUAGCCCAGUGUUCAACAGCCAGCGCUACCACAGCACCCCAGAAAUGCGUUUCCUUCCCCGCCUCGUCGUCUCAGCUGCCCUGGGCAUCGCUGCUUUCCUGAGCUGGAGGCUGCUGUGGACCCCGGCUAAUGGCCAAGGAGGUGACCUGGCCCCCAAGGCAGAGGAGGGCUUCACUUUGACACUGGACACCUUCCUUCACGUUCAGCAGCUCAGGAAGAAGAGACUGAGAGCUUUCUGCAGCCAAUCACGCAAAGUCACCACGCUGCCCAGGAGCCAGCAGGAGAGAGCUUACCUGCUCUCAAAUCUGAGGGUAAGCACCAAGCUGGACUUCCUCUACUGCCAAGUGCCAUCAAUGGGAAUUGAGGAAUGGCAGCAUCUUUUGGAGAAGCUAGAGAAGAAAAACAUGACUCUCCCAGUGUUGCUUCCCUACCAUUGGCGUCACACUAAGGAGACGCAGCUGAGCAGGUUCAACCAGACAGAGAUAGAGGCCAUGUUGGGGUCUUACACCAAAGUGCUGUUUGUCAGGGACCCUUUCCACAGGCUGAUUGCCACAUUCCUGCAAGGCAUGGGCAGCAGCCCAUCCUUCAGCAGCUUUGUUCAGGAUGUUUUAGCCAGUGGAACACACAACACCAGUGUGGCUUGGAAACCACUCGUCAGCCUCUGCCUGCCCUGUCUCAUCCAGUACGACUACGUGGUGAUGUUUGGCUUCCACGAGCAGGAGCUGGGCCACCUGCUACGGCGGGCUGGGCUGUCUGUGGACAGCCUCCUCCCCAAGUUCACCGACACCCAAGUGCUGUGGACCUACAGGUGGUUAUCAGAGCAGAUGUUCAGUGAGCUGUCUGCCCAACAGAAGAAGAAACUUUCUCGCUUCUACCGCUGGGACCUUUCUGCUUUCCCAUUUUCUAGCAGUUUUCUGUCAGACUCCUUCAGCACUCCAGAGACCUGGUAGAAACAGACCAUCUGGAGGGACUGUUUCAGAGAGCAUUAAUCCAAAAGAAAGCACUUCAAGAUACUGACAGGCCUUUGCUUUGCAGCUGCCUGCAGCGUAG